AUGCCUUUUGGAGGGGAUAUUGGCCCCCCCUUUUCUGCUCUUUGCUCCCUUGCCACCAUGAGAGGAAGUUUUGAAAACUACUUAAAAAUAGUUAAACAACAAGGGUUUCAAUGCAGUUAUUUGCUAAGCAGAACAAAUAUCAUGGAUUCCUUAAAGAAUGAGGACUUUGACGUGGUGGUAGUUGAAGCAUUGGACUACUGUUCUUUCCUAAUUGCUGAGAAGCUUGGGAAACCAUUUGUGUCCGUUCUUCCAUCCUCAUUUGGUACUUUGGACAUUGGGCUUCCAACCCUUUCUUAUGUUCCAGUGUUCCAUUCUUUGCUGACUGAUCACAUGAACUUCUGGAGUUGAGUGAAGAACUUUCUGAUGUUCUUUGAUUUCUCCAUGAGGCAAAGGAAAAUACAGUCAAUGUUUAACCACACUAUCAAGGAGCAUUUUGCAGAAGGCUCUAGGCCAAUUUUGUCUCAUCUUCUACUGAAAGCAGAGCUAUGGUUUGUCAAUUCUGACUUUGCCUUUGAAUUUGCUCAGCUCCUGCUUCCCAACACUGUUUUUAUUGGAGGCUUAUUGGACAAACCUAUUAACCCAAUACCAGAAGACUUGGAAACCUUCAUCACCAAGUUUGGCAACUCUGGUUUUGUCCUAGUGGCUCUAGGCUCUAUUAUGAGUGAGUACCUGAAGCAGAAAGACCUCAAGGAGAUGAACAGUGCUUUUGCCCAACUCUCCCAAGGGGUGUUAUGGAAGUGUAAGCAUUCUCUUUGGCCCAGAGAUGUCAAAUUGGCUGCAAAUGUGAAAAGUGUGGAUUGGCUUCCCCAGAAUGACCUCCUGGCUCACCCUGGCAUUCAUCUCUUUGUCACAUGUGGUGGGGAGAAUAGCAUAAUGGAGACCAUCCAGCAUGGUGUGCCCAUGGUGGGGAUUCCUCUCUCUGGAGAUCUUCCUGGAAACAUGGUCCAGGUAGAAGCCAAAAAUUUUGGAGUGUCUCUUCCAUUAAAGAAGCUCAAGGCAGAGACAUUGGAUCUUAAGAUGAAACAAGUCAUAGAAGACAAGAGGAACAAGUCUGCUGCAAUGACUGCCAGCACCAUCCAGCACUCCCACCCCCUGAGCCCUUCUCAGUGACUGGUGGGCUGGAACAACAACAUCCUACAGACAGGGGGUGCUGUAUACCUCAAGCCCUAUGCCUUCCAGCAGCCAUGGCAUGAGCAAUAUUUGCUUGAUAUCUUCUUGUUCCUGCUGGGGCUCACGCUGAGCAUUGCGUGAUUCUGUGGGAAGCUGCUGGGUAUGGUGACUAAGUGACUGAGAGGGGAAAAGAAGCUGAAGAAGGCAUGAUGCCAAAUGCAGCUUUAGCAUGGGACUGUUGGAGAGUCCUUGCUUCUUUGAAUCCUCUCAUCCUAGCACAGGCAACCGUGGUGUCCUCCCCUCUUCCGCACCUGCCUGUGUCCUGCUAUUUGCUCUUCACUCUUAUCUGCUUUUGCUUUGAAACCCUUAUGCAGCACUAAUGAGCUUGCAGACUUGCACCCAUGAUUUGGAUGCCUCAAUCAGAUAUAAACUUUCCCAAGCCAGCCAGGCCUCCUCCUCACUCCCUUGCUCCAGACGUAGUGCUCUGGCAAUUUCAUCCUCCCUGUCCAGAUGCUCCAUCGUCUAUUUCUCAUUUUUGCUUCUGUCACUUGAUAUAAAAAAACAUAGGAUAUUUGGCAAAUUCUUCCAUUUUACACCUACAUCUUUUCUGUCCUAUAAGCUGUCUUUAAAGCUCAACAAGCCUGAUCUGCCUCCUUCCACUUAGGCAGAAACAGCAUUUCCCAAAGAAGAGUUAGUUAACUUCACAACAUAAAAGAAAAAACAAAAUACUUUUAUAUGGAAAAAACCCCCCCAAAACCCAAAAAUAGAACGAAUGUCAUAUAUGGAUGAAAUACUGGGAGAAAAAACUUUCAACAUACACCACAUAUAAAGGGCUAAUUACUCUAUAAAAAAUUAAAAUGAAGAAAGAAGCCACGGAGCAUCCAUACAUUGGAAUAAUACACAACUAUAAACUGAUAUGCAGUAGGUUUUAUUAUUGUUAAUUAAAAAAAGGGCAGAAUGAAAGAAUAAAUAUAGAGUGUUCCAUAUUGGUAAGAUAAAGUUGAUGGGGGGCAGAAUAAAAGGAAAUAAAUUCAUCCUUUACAGAAUAUGCAUUUAUUUUUCAUAGAAAGAAUAAACCAGGGAAUCAUGUGACAGGUUAUCUAUAAACGUGUUGAUGGAAUAAAAUGGAAGAGAUGCUGAAGAAGGCAAAAUGGUUGUGUCUACCUUUCUAUAUAGCUUUGAGUUUCUCAGGUAUGUACUAUACAUAACAAGUAUAUAUUUCAAUAGACAAUAGAAGAAAUCUUUAAAAUGAAGUUUGAACAGAAAUAGACUUUAUCUUUUUCCAGUGAAUACCAUAACCAUACAUGAAAAAAUAUUUAAUAAAAUUAACUGUUGAAUAAAACAAAUUACCUUGACUAUAAAAUUCUUACUUUCAAAACAAAUAUAACUGCAAAAAGUCUUAUAGUUUAUCGCAUAGAUUUAUAAUUCACAGUUUUAUGGUUUAGUGCAUUGGAAUCCAAUGUUUACUCAUAAGAUUGAGUAAAUGAGUAAAUGAAUAGUUAUUACUGAGUCAAGUUCCUACAUUUUGAAAAAGAAAUUAGAAAUGUGGGAAUGAGAAUUCUCAUGACCCAUGUGGUAUUGUAGUACAGAUGAAGGUAUCAGUAUGAGUUCAUAAUUUUAUAUAUAUAUAGGCAUAGCUCUAAGUAAAGAUAUAAAUAUGAGAUUUUAUAUUCAAGGCUAUACCUGUAUCUCCUAGCUCUACUCAAAGGAUGAAGAUGCUCUGCCCAUUUAAAGGAAUCCAGAUUCCUUGCAAUCCAUAACUUUAGAACUGAGACAAAAAAGGUUUAAUAUGAGCUUUCUGCACUAGGAGAAAGAAAACACUCCAGAAAGAUGAAGCUUCCACAAGAGCAACACAGCAAAUAGUGAUAUCAUAGCAUUAUGGUUUGUGUUUAGAGGUCCCCCCAAAGCCUCAUGGAGAUGAGGUGGGACUUUCUUUUUCAGCAUCGCCCUAAUCCCGGUAGUCUGAAUAAGAUAAAAGGUGCAGAAAGAUGCUGGUAACUCUCUUGUUACCUUUGCUGCCUUGUGUGUGCCAUGUCGUUUCUGCUUUGCCAUGCUUGUUUGUCAUCCCUGCCUUGGAGUCAACCGAUUAUGAACUGAAACCUCUAUGAACUGUAAGUGAAAUAAACCCCUUCCUUUCCAAUGUUGG